AUGAGACUACCACUCUUGUCGAUUGCCUCGUUGGCCCUCGGGCUCUACUCUUUUGGAGGCAGCGCCACGGCACAUCCUUCAGUCAUCGACAAGAGGCAACUACAAGACAUUGUGACAUGGGACGAACAAUCACUCUUCGUUCGUGGAGAGCGGGUAAUGAUAUUUUCUGGAGAAAUCCAUCCGUUCCGUCUACCCGUUGCCUCAUUGUACUUGGACCUGUUCCAGAAGGUCAAGGCCCUUGGUCUGAACACGGUCUCGUUCUACGUAGACUGGGCCCUUCUGGAAGGAAAGGCAGGCAACGUCAACGCCGACGGCAUCUUUGACCUCCAGCCAUUCUUCGAUGCAGCUUCUAAAGCUGGGAUAUACCUCAUCGCCCGACCUGGGCCGUACAUCAACGCCGAAGUGUCUGGCGGAGGUUUCCCGGGAUGGCUGGCUCGUUCACCAGCUCGGCUGAGGACCUCUGAUCCCGAAUUUCUUUCCGCAACAGACAAUUACAUGGUGAAGAUUUGCGACAUCAUCGCCAAGGCACAGAUUACCAACGGAGGACCGGUCAUUCUCUUCCAACCAGAGAACGAGUACACCAACUUCGUGGAUGGGCAACAGAUCAACGGGCAGUACUUCCAAUAUGUCAUCGACCAAGCUCGGAAUGCUGGGGUUGUUGUUCCAAUGAUCAGCAACGACGCCAGGCCCGCUGGUCAUAAUGCACCUGGCACCGGAGUAGGGGAAGUUGACAUAUACGGCUAUGAUGGUUAUCCGCUGGGAUUUGACUGCGGAAACCCAGGCAUUUGGCCGGCCGACAAACUCCCGACUAACUAUCGAGCAUUGCAUCUCGCCCAGAGCCCCAGUACCCCAAACUCGAUCAUGGAGUUUCAAGGCGGAUCUUUCGAUCCAUGGGGAGGCCAUAACUUCGAGCAGUGCGCUGCGCUGGUCAACUACGAGUUUGAACGAGUCUUCUACAAGAACAACCUGGCAGCUGGUGUCUCGAUUUUCAAUGUCUACAUGCUCUUUGGCGGAACAAACUGGGGCAACUUGGGACACCCAGGAGGGUAUACUUCUUACGACUACGGAGCUUCGAUCACGGAAGAUAGAAGUGUAGCCAGGGAGAAGUACUCCGAGAUGAAGCUGGAAGCUCAGUUUUUGAAGGUCUCGCCUUCGUACUUGACGGCCAAGCCGGGCAACUUGACGACUGAUGUAUACGCCACCAACUACAACUUGGCUGUGACGCCGCUACGCUCAAACAUCAGCGCAUCAUACUUUGUCGUUAGACAUGCCAACUACUCCAGCUUGGCCACGACGGAGUAUACAUUGCGCCUGCCGACCUCACAAGGAACCAUCGCCAUCCCUCAAUUUCGCGAGAAACUCCAGCUCAAUGGCCGCGACUCGAAGAUCCACGUAGUGGACUACCCUGUCGGUAAUAAGACCUUGCUCUACUCGACAGCCGAAAUCUUCACUUGGAAGAAGUUCACAGACAAAACAGUCUUGUUGGUGUACGGCGGACCCGGAGAGACGCACGAAAUGGCCAUCAAGAAGACUACUGAGACUCCAUUCCUAGCCGAAGGCUCUGACGUCGACUAUAAUGUUGUUAACGGCAAUUUAGUAUUGACAUGGAAGACAUCAGAACAACGCCGAGUUGUCCAGGUCGAUGAUUUCUUCAUAUAUAUCCUGGACCGCAACUCAGCGUACAACUACUGGGUACCAGACUUGCUAGACGGUGCAAACCAGACUUCAUAUGGGUCGUCAAUCAUGAACCCGGAUGCACUAAUCGUUAGAGGUGGAUACCUCGUUCGAUCCCUUUCAGCUGAGGGCGACACCCUUAAGUUGCAAGCAGACUUCAAUCAGACAAGCGACCUAGAGAUCAUUGGUGCCGACUCUGCGCUGACAAAGUUGGAAGUGAAUGGGAAGCAACUGGACCAUACAGUGAACGAUCUUUCCAACUGGAUAGUGAAGCCGUCUCUCUCAAACAACAAACCCAUUGUACCGGAUUUGGUGGCGCUACGAUGGACGUACGUUGACUCUCUUCCAGAGAUUCUCGCAGGAUACGAUGACUCUGCUUGGCCACUCGCUGACCACACCACGUCAAACAACACCGUCGCCAAUGUCACAACAACAGUCUCCCUGUUUGCCUCAGACUAUGGCUUCCACGCAGGCUCUCUCAUCUACCGGGGUUACUUCACUGCCAGUGGUGACGAAAUCACAUUCAACGUCACAACACAAGGCGGCGCAGGUUUCGCGAGCUCCGUGUGGCUGAAUGAAUCCUUCCUCGGCUCCUUCACCAACGGACCAGACGCAUCCGGUGAUAACACCGCAAGUUACAAUCUCACGAGCCUCAAUCCCAACGCUACGUACGUUCUGACCAUUCUUGUGGACACCAUGGGCCUCGAGGAGAACUUCUACAUCGCGACCGACAUGAUGAAAACCCCUCGCGGUGUCAUCGACUACAACAUCACCUCGCCGACCGGCUCCAAGACCAACGUCACAACCUGGAAGAUCACCGGAAACCUUGGAGGCGAGGACUACGCAGACCACUUCCGCGGACCGCUCAACGAGGGAGGCCUAUUCUUCGAGCGUCAGGGAUACCACAUCCCCACCCCCCAAGACUCGGCCUUCACAAUACGUUCCCCAUACGACGGCACCCACACGCCAGGCGUCUCCUUCUACGCGGCAAACUUGACCCUGGACCUCCCCUGGAAAGACCUCGACAUCCCCCUCUCGUUCGUCUUCGACGACAUCACCAACUCGACGGCGGCCUACCGCGCCAUCCUCUACGUGAACGGUUUCCAGUACGGCAAGUACGUCAGCAACAUCGGUCCGCAAACCAAGUUCCCUGUUCCCGAGGGAAUUUUAAACUACAACGGCAACAACUGGAUCGGCCUCGCGUUCUGGGCUCUGGAAGAGGGAGGAGCGACGCUGCAAAAUUUCCGCCUCGAGGUCGGCAACGCAGUCACGACGGCGAGGGAAGAGGUCAAAUUCGUCGAGGGCCCGGCGUGGACCAAGCGGACUGGGGCGUAUUGA